AUGCGAAUAACAUCAAUAGAACCCCAGCUUCGUCGAUUUUUUCAAUGGUAUGGUGAGUUCGGUUACCAAUGGCGAUGGUUUCUAGUCAUGACUCCACUGAUCAUAACACCACUCUUAUCACUUGGUUUUUGCCGGCUUACUCCCUUAACUGUUGAUGAUCCUUUUUAUGUUUUCACUCCGGUAUUUGCCAGAUGGCAUCGAGAAUUUGACACAUUCGCAUCGUUAUGGCCACUGAACGAAAAUAAAUUCUUGCCGGGUAAAUCGUUCGAAGUGAAACGAUUUAUAAAUAUAUUGAUAAAAGCUAAAGAUGGUGAUAAUUUGUUGAGGAGACAAAUAUUAGAUGAAAUACAAGGAUUGAACCAAUGGAUUAUGUUCAAUAUUACGGUACCAACCGCUGAUGGCAAAUAUAAUCUCACAUAUCAGGAUUUAUGUCUUAGUUAUGAAUGGGUAUGUGGAGCAAAUGAACAUAUUUCAAUGUUACAAGAACGGCUGAGAAUUGGCAAUUUUAUGGAAUUAACAUAUCCUCGAGCUGGCAGCAAGGAUGGUUUAGCUGAGAAUGCAAAAGAUUUCACUUGGAAUUUCCUUACCAGCUUUUCGUUACUUUCAAUUUAUGCCACCAUAUUUUCAUACGUGCUUAAGAAACAACCAAGAGUAAGCAUCGACUGGAUUCGCAGCAAGCCGUAUAUUGCAUGUGCAGGUCUUAUCACAACAUUGCUAGCGAUAUGUAGUGGUUUUGGUCUUGCGUUGAUAUUGGGCAUACCAUAUAAUGUGAUCAAUACAAUUAUACCAUUCCUCAUUAUCGCAGUUGGAGUGGAUGAUAUGUUUGUAAUGAAUGCUUGUUGGAAUCAAACGAGUCAAACAGAUACUGUAUCGAAAAGAAUGCGUGAUAUGAUGGGUCAUGCUGGGGUUACUAUAUCGAUCACAAAUAUCACCGAUAUAUUAUCAUUUGCUGUUGGUUGUGUUAGCGAACUACCGGGCAUUCAGCUCUUUUGUAGCUAUGCGUGUAUUACAUUCAUCUUUUGUUAUUUGUACCAAUUCACAUUUUUUAUGGCAUUUCUUGCCAUAAUGGGUGCUGUGGAAAAGAAUCGACGUCAUUGUUUGCUUUUCUAUAAAAUUAGCGAACAAUAUGCAAAAAAAGAAAUUAUUAACAGUGCUCAAUUUUGUAAUUCAAGGAAUGAAUACAAAGAUAGUUUGCGAUGUUCGUCAACUGACAGUGGAUCUGAUAUGUCAUAUCGUUCUGGUAUCAGCAUUCAGUCAGAUAGUAGUUCUUUGAAAACUUCUAUUAAAAAUUUUAAUUUGAUCAUUGUUGCUGAUGAUCUAUGUAAGCAAAAACCAACAGAAAUAGUCGAUAUUGAUAACAAUUUUAUCACUAAAGGAUUGUGUAUGACAGCAUUACCGCAUUUGAAAACUCAACCGACUGGAAAGAAAGAAAAUACGUGUACACAAUAUUUCUUUGGUCAUAUUUACGCUCCGUUUAUAUUACGUAAAGAAUGUGCUAUUUUAACUUACAUCUUCUACUGUAUAUAUAUUGCCGUUGCUGUGAUUGGAUGUUUAAAUUAUUCGGAAGGAUUGGAACCAGAAAAUUUGGUCACAAAUGAUCAUUAUAGUUCUCACUAUUUCGCAGAUUUGAAAAAUUUCUGGAUACGAGGUGCUCAACUUCAUGUCGCCGUGUUACAUCCUCCAAAUUUUACUGAUCCUAUUCAGAGAGAAAAAAUGAUGGCUGUAGUACGGGCAUUUGAGAAUACGGAAUAUACGUUGGGCAGAGAUGGAACAAUUUUUUUCUUUCUCGAAUAUUUAAAUUAUCUCGAUGAAGUGAACGCUGAACUGGAAAAUACGGAACGGAUUUGGAAUACAAAAUUGCUAAGUUGGCUGAAAUAUACUGGCGGAAGUAAUCAGUGGGCAACAGAUAUUCGCUUCAACGAGAAUGGGACUUUUCAAGCAUUUCGAUUUCAGAUAGCAAUGCAUAAUACUGUGGGCGCAAAUCAGCACAAAAAUGCUGCUCGGAAAUUGCGUGAAAUAGCUGAUCGGCAACCAUUUAAAAUUGAAGUAUUUCAUGAGACAUUCCCAUUUGCUGAUCAAUACAUCAUUAUUGUUCCAGUAACAAUUCGAAGUAUCAUUAUAUCAUUAAUUUGUAUGGCUACUGUUGCUAUCAUGUUAAUACCUAGUUUGAUUCCCUGUGUUCUAAUAAUUAUUUCUAUAAUAUCAAUUAAUACGGGUAUAUUUGGCUAUAUGACAUUUUGGGGUGUUAAUUUGGAUGCUGUAUCAAUGAUUUCCAUCAUUAUGAGUAUUGGUUUCGCUGUUGAUUUAUCGUCUCAUAUUACAUAUGCAUUUGUCACGGCAACUGGCUCAUCAAAAGAACGUGUCAUUCAUGCGCUUGGAUCACUCGGAUGGCCUAUUUUUCAGGGUGCAGCAUCUACAAUCACUGGAGUAACAGUACUCUAUACGGUCAAUGCAUACAUCAUUUUAACAUUUUUCAAGACAAUUUGGCUUACAAUGGUCAUUGGAUUAUUACAUGGAUUACUGUUUAUUCCAGUUACUCUUUGUUUUUUCCCUUUGUCAUCUUUCCAACUUAGCAGUAAGUUGUAG